CCGCGACGCGAGAAUCACGCAACCGAGAACAAAAAGCGAGCACCCAAAGGAGCAGAAUACAACACAUGCCCGAUUGAGAGGACAAUAGCAGCUUUGGUCAUAUUUGGCUUACCGCGCUCUCGCAUCACCUCUUUGUUCCUGCAGAAGCACGAAGCCCGAUGCUUUCACGCGGCGGCGGGUAUAUAUAGGGAGGCGAAGAUGGGGGAAACCUCAGACUCUUCGUCCCUACUGUUUCUCUCUUAUCUGCCACGCUCUUCUCAUCAACGCUUGACGUCUGACCUUUUACGUUCUCUUGCAUCCCGUUUUACUUCCGCUUUCUACGCACUCAGACUCUCUUGUGUCCUCUGCACGAUUCAAUUCACGUUUGCACCCAUUCAUCUACGUUCCAUCACCAAGCAACUUUCCCACUCAUCCAGCAUGUCCACCGCACUCCCGCACGUUAUUGCUUUCCUCUCCCGUGGUCUCUUGGCCAAAUUCUCUCCUGGCGCUGUGACGUCUCUGCAACUCAUCCUCACUGCCUCCCUCCGCUCUGCCCCGUCGACUGCGACCUUCAUCCUCACCUCGGCAACGGGCACUCUCCCCGCACCCCUGCGCGCCGCAUCCACCGGCUCCGGCAUCCCCUGGUCCGCCUGGUUCUCCAUCCUGAGCGGCGGCGCCGCGCGCGUGCUGCUGUUCUACGGCCCCGACUACGUCAAGCUGCGCAUCGGCGACGGUGCGCUCGUGGACCUGUGGCGCGCGCGUGUCCCUGCCGCGGCGGCGCGUGCUGCGAAGCCGCUGUCGAUGUUGAAGGGCGUCGCGCACCCCCUGCUGCAGGCGAACACCGGUGCACGGCUGCGUGCUGCGCUGCUCUCUGCGCGUGUCCGGCACAGCCGCCGGCUCGAGGCGGCCAGCGUGCCCGAGGCGAUGGAGCUUUCGGAUUCGGACGACUCAGACGACUCGGAGUCGGAUAUGGACUCGUAUGAGUCGCGGUCCACUGUCGAGUCGGAUUCCGACGUCGAGUCCCCUUCGUCGUUCUACUCGUAUGACGGCUUCGACGCGGACUCGGACUCGGAUUCGGAUUGCGACGAACCGAUCUCAGCCUCAGAUUGCGACUCGGACGUCGCUACCUGGUCGCCCUCACCCGCUGUUAAAGCCCAGACGUACGUCUACCAAGGCGGCGUCACGCGCGUCACCUCGGGUGGUGUUAUGCUGGGAUCUGCCAGUGCUUCCUCCAAGCGCUGGUAAAUGGCCCCCUUCACCAUCCACAUCAAAUCAUUAUCACGACCCAUACAAAACGCUUGACACGGACCAACCGCUCACUUAUUUGCACCGACGCUGACGCUCAAACUGGCAAGGACCAGUGAUGGACUAUGAUCUCCUGUAGCUCUACGCUGUACUUUACGACCUGCUAAUUCCUUGUGUAUCCUCCUACUUUAAUGUUCUGUGUAUAUGUAGAUACGUAUUCAGGGUCAUGAUUAUCCUGCUUGGAGCAGGCGUCUUGGAA